AUGAGCCAUCAAGAUCAAGACUUUGAAGAAGCCUUUGAAGUCAUUAAGGUCAAUGAUACCCACUUCAAAGGCAAAUAUCCCUUAAGAUUGCCAUUACCCGCAGCCCGAGGAGUUUAUGGUGGAAAUUUGAUCGCUCAGACGUUAAAAGUUGCCAUGGAGAGCUCUCCCCAACAAUACGUCCCCCAAUCAUUCCAUUCUUUUUUCGUCGCUCCGGGGAAAAAGAGUUCUCCUAUGGACUAUAAGGUCACUACCAUUGGUAAGGUAGGAGAUAAGAUCAUUAAGCAGUCAAUUCAAGCUAUUCAGAAAGACCAGAUUAAGUUUACAGCAUUGGUAUCGUUAGUGAGAGUCGGUGCGGAAGAUGGUACCAAGAGCGGUGCGAAUGGUACCAACCUCCACUACCAACUUCCUCCACAAAGUCUUCACCACAAAUACAACCCUGACGACAUUCAUUCUUUAGUUCAUACCGAUUACAUAAGAAACGCUUAUAGUGAUGAGUUUGUGGAUUAUAAAUUAGUACCACAAGAACAACAUCAAAGUCCAGCCAAUCGGUGGGUUAACGUGUGGAGUGGGAUUGUUCAACCAGGAAACCAUUUCCGUGAUGCCAUGACCAAUUUUGUAGGACUUGCUAGUCUUAGUGAUUCGGUGUUUCUCACCACUUUAGCACGGAUCCUUCAUGCUCCUUGGAACCCUACAGAGACCAGAUCGUUCGAAGAGGUCGACUUAGACAAAGAUGCUAGAAUGUGGAUGAACGUGUCAUUGAAUGCUCUCCAUAUCUUCCAUUAUAACGCCAUGUCGUUGGACCACCACCUUUAUUUCCACACCACCGAUCCCCAUGACUUUGACGUGGCUUCCCAAUGGCUCACAUUCAGUUACCAGGCUCGUAGAGUACUGAACAAUAGAACUCUCGUUAGAGGUUACUUCUAUAACCGUGAAGGUAAGCUCAUUGCCACUGCCAUUCAAGAGGGUCUCACCCUUGCGUUCAAAGGGUUCGAGACCAUCCCUGAAGAGACGAGUAAUUAUCAAGACCUUAAAGUUAGAUUGUGA